CUGGGAGUGGUGUUCGGCCCCACUCUGCUGAGGCCGCAGGAAGAGACUGUGGCUGCCAUCAUGGACAUCAAGUUCCAGAACAUCGUGGUGGAGAUCCUCAUCGAGAAUCACGAGAGGGUGAGUCAGUCAGUCAGUCAGUGAGGGGUCUCUGAGAGAGAAGUACUGUUCAACACAACACAGUCCAACACCUUAUCUUAUCUCUCUUAGUCUCCAAGUCCCACAUUGGCCCCUGGUGGAGAGAGGGGCCCGAGGGAGGGAGGCAGGGAGGGAGAGAGGGGUCCGAGGGAGGGACGGAGGGAGGGAGAGAGGGGCCCGAGGGAGGGAGGGAGGGGCCCGAGGGAGGGAGGGAGGGAGGGAGGGAGGGAGAGGGGCCCGAGGAGGGGGGAUCGAGGGAGAGGGAGAGAGGGGUCCGAGGGAGGGAGGGAGAGGAGGGGGAGGGGAGGGAGGGAGGGAGGGGAGAGAGGGGGGCCGAGGGAGGGAGGGAGGGAGGGAGAGAGGGGCCAGAGGGAGGAGGGAGGAGGGAGGAGAGGGAGGGGCCAGGAGGGAGGGAGGGAGGGAGGGACGAGGGAGGGAGGGAGGGAGGGAGAGAGGGGGGCCAGAGGGAGGGAGGAGGGGAGGGAGGGAGAGGGGAGGGAAGGAGAGGGGAACCGAGCGAGGGAGGGAGGGAGGGAGGGGGAGGGACGGGAGGGAGGGAGGGAGGAGGGAGGGAGAGAGGGGGGGAGGGAGGGAGGAGGGAGGGAGAGAGGGGCCGAGGGAGGGAGGCCAGGGAGGGAGAGAGGGGUCGAGGGAGGGAGGCAGGGAGGGAGGGAGAGAGGGGCCCGAGGGAGGGAGGGAGGGGAGGGAGGGAGGGAGAGAGGGGCCGAUGGGCGGAGCGGGGAGGAGGGAGGAGAGGAGAGAGGGGUCGAGGGAGGGAGGACGGGAGGCGAGGGAGGAGAGAGGGGCCGAGGGAGGGAGGAGGGAGACGAGAGGGUGAGAGAGGGACGGAAGAGGGGGCGAGGGAGCGAGGGAGGGAGGGAGGAGGAGGGGCCCGAGUAGGGAGGGAGGGAGGGCACGAGGGAGGGAGGGGAGGGAGGGAGAGAGGGGUCAGAGGGAGGGACGGAGGGAGGGAGGGAGGGAGGGGCCAGAGGGAGGGAGGGAGGAGGGAGAGAGGGGCCGGGGAGGGACGGAGGGAGGGAGAGAGGGGCCGAGGGAGGAGGAGGGAGGGAGAGAGGGGCCCGAGGGAGGGGAGGGAGGGAGGGGGAGAGGAGGGAGGGAGGGAGGGCAGGGGAGAGAGGGGCGAGAGGGAGGAGAGGGGAGGGAGGGAGGGAGGGAGGGAGGAGGGAGGGGCCGAGGGAGGGGGGAGGGAGGGAGGAGAGGGGCCGAGGCAGGGAGGGAGAGAGGGGUCCGAGGGAGGGACAGGAGGGAGAGAGGGGCCCGAAGGAGGGAGGGAGGGGAGGGAGGAGGGAGAGAGGGGUGGAGGGAGGGGAGGGAGAGGAGGGGCAGGGGAGGGGGAGAGGAGGGGUCCGAGGGAGGGAGGGAGGAGGGAGAGAGGGGUCAGAGGGAGGGAGGAGGGAGGGAGAGAGGGGCCCGAUGGAGAGGGAGGAGGGAGAGAGGGGUCGAGGGAGGGAGAGGGGGAGAGAGAGGGGCCGAGGGGGGAGGCAGGGGAGGAGAGAGGGGCCCGAGGGAGGAGGGAGGGAGAGAAAAGUCCUAACUGUAAUCCGGUCAGCCAGGGUGGAGGAGUAUUUGUCACUAAUUGUGUCUGUGAAAACUAACGAUCCACUUUUACUUGAGCAGCGAUUUGAUUCUGGGAUUCAUCAGCCCCAGAAUUUUAAUUUAAUUAUCUGAAUGGAAUGAGAGCAAUGUUGUCAGAGAAAUGGAGGCUGCCAGACACAGUGUUGGGAAGAUGAGCAUCAACAGUGUCAUAAUGCUGAUAACAUCUCUGAAUAACUGAAAGCAUUAUGGGAGUGGCAUGUGGGGAAGUCUGUGGACACCCCCUCCCGUGCUGAAGAGCUCAGUGACUUACAACGUGGCACCGUCAUACACUACAUGCAAGCUAACAAACUACACUACAUGACCAGAAGUAUGUGGACACCUGCUCAUCGAACAUCUCAUUCCAAAAUCAUGGGCAUUAAUAUGGAGUUGGUCCGCCCUUUGCUGCUAUAACAGCCUCCACUCUUUUAGGAAGUCUUUCUACUAGAUGUUGGAACAUCGCUCCGACAGACGAGUUUUACGUGCUUCAGCACUCUGCGGUCCCGUUCUGUGAGCUUGUGUGGCCUAUCUCUUCGUGGCUGAGUCGUUGUUGCUCUUAGACGUUUCUACUUCACAAUAACAGCACUUACAGUUGACCGGGGCAGCUCUAGCAGGGCAAAAAUUGGACGAACUGACUUGUUGGAAAGGUGGCAUCCUAUGACGGUGCCACGUUGAAGGCCAUUCUACAAUGUUUGUUUAUGGCGAUUGCAUGGUUGUAUGCUCGAUUUUAUACACCUGUCAGCAAUGGGUGUGGCUGAAAUAGCUGAAUCCACUAAUUUAAUGGCGUGUCCACAUACUUUUGUAUAUACAGUGGGGGAAAAAAGUAUUUAGUCAGCCACCAAUUGUGCAAGUUCUCCCACUUAAAAAGAUGAGAGAGGCCUGUAAUUUCCAUCAUAGGUACACGUCAACUAUGACAGACAAAUUGAGAAAGAAAAAUCAAGAAAAAAAACAAAUGCAUUUAGUUGCAAAUUAUGGUGGAAAAUAAGUAUUUGGUCACCUACAAACAAGCAAGAUUUCUGGCUCUCACAGACCUGUAACUUCUUCUUUAAGAGGCUCCUCUGUCCUCCACUCGUUACCUAUAUUAAUGGCACCUGUUUGAACUUGUUUUCAGUAUAAAAGACACCUGUCCACAACCUCAAACAGUCACACUCCAAACUCCACUAUGGCCAAGACCAAAGAGCUGUCAAAGGACACCAGAAACAAAAUUGUAGACCUGCACCAGGCUGGGAAGACUGAAUCUGCAAUAGGUAAGCAGCUUGGUUUGAAGAAAUCAACUGUGGGAGCAAUUAUUAGGAAAUGGAAGACAUACAAGACCACUGAUAAUCUCCCUCGAUCUGGGGCUCCACGCAAGAUCUCACCCCGUGGGGUCAAAAUGAUCACAAGAACGGUGAGCAAAAAUCCCAGAACCACACAGGUCAUUCACCUAGUGAAUGACCUGCAGAGAGCUGGGACCAAAGUAACAAAGCCUACCAUCAGUAACACACUACGCCGCCAGGGACUCAAAUCCUGCAGUGCCAGACGUGUCCCCCUGCUUAAGCCAGUACAUGUCCAGGCCCGUCUGAAGUUUGCUAGAGUGCAUUUGGAUGAUCCAGAAGAGAAUUGGGAGAAUGUCAUAUGGUCAGAUGAAACCAAAAUAUAACUUUUUGGUAAAAACUCAACUCGUCGUGUUUGGAGGACAAAGAAUGCUGAGUUGCAUCCAAAGAACACCAUACCUACUGUGAAGCAUGGGGGUGGAAACAUCAUGCUUUGGGGCUGUUUUUCUGCAAAGGGACCAGGACGACUGAUCCGUGUAAAGGAAAAAAUGAAUGGGGCCAUGUAUCGUGAGAUUUUGAGUGAAAACCUCCUUCCAUCAGCAAGGGCAUUGAAGAUGAAACGUGGCUGGGUCUUUCAGCAUGACAAUGAUCCCAAACACAUCGCCCGGGCAACGAAGGAGUGGCUUCGUAAGAAGCAUUUCAAGGUCCUGGAGUGGCCUAGCCAGUCUCCAGAUCUCAACCCCAUAGAAAAUCUUUGGAGGGAGUUGAAAGUCUGUGUUGCCCAGCGACAGCCCCAAAACAUCACUGCUCUAGAGGAGAUCUGCAUGGAGGAAUGGGCCAAAAUACCAGCAACAGUGUGUGAAAACCUUGUGAAGACUUACAGAAAACGUUUGACCUGUGUCAUUGCCAACAAAGGGUAUAUAACAAAGUAUUGAGAAACUUUUGUUAUUGACCAAAUACUUAUUUUCCACCAUAAUUUGCAAAUAAAUUAUAAAAAAUCCUACAAUGUGAUUUUCUGGAAAAUAUUUUCUCAUUUUGUCCGUCAUAGUUGACGUGUACCUAUGAUGAAAAUUACAGGCCUCUCUCAUCUUUUUAAGUGGGAGAACUUGCACAAUUGGUGGCUGACUAAAUACUUUUUUCCCCCACUGUAUAGUGUAGGAUGCCACCUUUCCAACAAGUCAGCUCGUCCAAUUUCUGUCCUGCUAGCAGCGUCCCCGGUCAACUGUAAGUGCUGUUAUUGUGAAGUGUCUAGGCCGCAAAGUGGUAGGCCACACACAAGCUCACAGAACGGGACUGCCGAGUGCUGAAGCGCGUAGCGCUUAAAAAUCCUCUGUCCUCGGUUGCAGCACUCACUACAGAGUUCCAGUGGCUAGGCCACUUAGUUCCAGUGAAGAGAAAUCUUAACGCUAAGGCAUACAAUGACAUUCUAGACGAUUCUGUGUUUCAAUCUUUUUGGGGAAGGCCCUUUCCUGUUUCAGCAUGACAAUGCCCCUGUGCACAAAGUGAGGUCCAUACAGAAAUGGUUUGCCAAGAUCGGUGUGGAAGAACUUGACUGGGUUGCACAGAGCCCUGACUUCAACCCCAUCGAACACCUUUGGGAUGAAUUGGAACGCCGACUGCGAGCCAGACCUAAUCGCUCAACAUCAGUGCCCGACCUCACUAAUGCUCGUGGCUGAAUGGAAGCAAUGUUCCAACAUCUAGUGGAAAGCCUUCCCAGAAGAGUGGAGGCUGUUAUAGCAGCAAAGGGGGGACCAACUCCAUGUUAAUGCCCAUAAUUUUGGAAUGGGAUGGUUGACGAGCAGGUGUCCACAUACUUUUGGGCAUGUAAUGUAUCUGUAAAUGGUAAUACCAGUCUCCUCUCUUCUCACAAAGGCCCUACAAUUUGAUUGUCAAACUAAAUGUAUAAUUGUGUGAGUAAGUUUAUUUAGCCAUGCGUGGGCACCUGUAGUCAGUGUAUAGUAGGGGAAUGUUGAUUGUGCCAGUGCUGUGUGUGCAGAUAUUCAAGGACAUGCCAGUUCCGGGAGGUGGCCCGGCCAACCUACAGCUAAACCUGCAGCCGCGGAGGAGGAGCACGGAGAGCAAGGCCCAGUCCUGCAGCGAGAGACCCCUCACCCUCUUCCACACACCCACACACUCCCAGAAAGGUGGGCACAAGCACAAUAGUCUCUCUUCACCCCACACGCCCUUCCUAGAUGUUCAACGUGUCAGUCAGGACAGGAGAUACAAACUGCCAGAUAUUUGUUCAUCCUCCUUCAUUUAAAUUACUUUCUUCUCCUUUUCAAAUGUAAAAAAAAAGAUCCAUUAAAAGUAUUUGCUUUAAUUAUCCUCCUCACCCACUCAUCUUCCUUUUGCUGUUAUGUAGUGGAGAAGAGGAACAGCGUGCUAUUGAACUCUACUCCAGAGCCCCAGCCAGCCCAGGCCAAGGCCCCCCACAACAACCCCUCAGCCACCCCCUCCUCCUCCUCAGCAGUGGUCAACCAUAUCAGCAGUGGCAGCCACGGCCAAAGCUGGAUCCCACGCAACAGCCUGACCAGCACUGACGGAGACCAGGACAGGGGCCUAAUGGCCAGGCAGAACGCACAGAGCCGCCCAAACUCACUGUGAGUACACAUGCAUAAGCAAGCCUGCAAAAACGCACGAACACAAGCUAUCUUUCUUCAUCCUCCUCUCUCUCUUUCUUUCUUCAUCCUCCUCUCGGUCUCUUUCUUCACCCUCCUCUCUCUCUUUCUUCAUCCUCCUCUCUGUCUCUUUCUCUGCGAUGACGUAAUACUAAUCUGAGUGUUGAUAGAAGACAUCUUUGAUGGAAUAUGAUCUUACCUUGUGAAAUCUCCAGAGGGUUGACAAAAGUAAUUUAGCUCACUGGGAGAUGCGAGAUGUGUUCUCAAAGGCAGCCUCUCCAAAACCAUACUCUACUCAAUUGGCUAUACCUCUCUCGCGCUUGCUCUCCCACUGUAUCUAUUAUUAUUAUAUUAUUAUUAUAUAUUAUUAUUUAUCUUCAGAGCUCUGUUCUCAUGUGUUCUCUUUCCCUUAAGAUCAUGUUUGGAGGUGUUGGCACUGAGGAGAAUGGGUCCAUUUGCAGUGUGAUCCUCUCUCUCUCUCGCUCUUUCUCUCUAUCCCUCUCCUUCUCUUCUCUAUCACUCUUUUUCCCUCUCUCUGUCUCUCUUUCUCCCUCUCCCCGCUCUCUCUCUGUCCCUCCCUCCCUCCCUCCCUCGCUCUCUAUCCCUAGCCACAAGCUGAUAGCCUUUCGGAACACACUUAAUUCCCUCCAUUAUGAAGUGUAGGACAAGAGAUGGAGAGAGAGACAGCGUGUUGUCAGUAUGUUUCUCCCCGACGCUAGCCAGGGGUCUGAUAAUGGGUCAUAAUGAAUCUGAGUUUUAACGACAACAUGGUGCAUUCACAAAAUGGUGCAUUCAAAACAAAGUGCAUCAGAGAUAUUAAAGAAAGGAGGAGAUAGGAAUCCCAUUGGGCAUUGAAUGGAGAAACGUAUAACGCCCCACCCAGCAGACUGUUGGCCAAUCACAUUCACGUUGUCAUGCUGUGUCACGCGGUUCCUAAACUAAUCGUCAUGCAAUCCCUUCUCAAAGUCAUGGUAUGAGUCGAGAAACCUGACUUUUCCUCAAAAGUACAUAAUGUCACGAUUCCAAAGCUACAGUCGUGGUCAAAAGUUUUGAGAAUGACACAAGUAUUGGACUUCACAAAGUUUGCUGCUUCAGUGUUUUUAGAUAUUUUUGUCAGAUGUUACUAUGGUAUACUGAAGUAUAAUUACAAGCAUUCCAUAAGUGUCAAAGGCUUUUAUUGACAAUGACAUUAAGUUUAUGCAAAGAGUCAAUAUUUGCAGUGUUGACCCUUCUUUUUCAAGACCUCUGCAAUCCGCCCUGGCAUGCUGUCAAUUAACUUCUGGGACACAUCCUGACUGAUGGCAGCCUAUUCUUGCAUAAUCAAUGCUUGGAGUUUGUCAGAAUUUGUGGGUUUUUGUUUGUCCACCCGCCUCUUGAGGAUUGACCACAAGUUCUCAAUGGGAUUAAGGUCUGGGGAGUUUCCUGGCCAUGGACCCAAAUUUUUGAUGUUUUGUUCCCCGAGCCACUUAGUUAUCACUUUUGCCUUAUGGCAUGGUGCUCCAUCAUGCUGGAAAAGGCAUUGUUCGUUACCAAACUGUUAUUGGAUGGUUGGGAGAAGUUGCUCUCGGACGAUGUGUUAGUACCAUUCUUUAUUCCUGGCUGUGUUCUUAGGCAAAAUUGUGAGUGAGCCCACUCCCUUGGCUGAGAAGCAACCCCACACAUGAAUGGUCUCAGGAUGCUUUACUGUUGGCAUGACACAGGACUGAUGGUAGCGCUCACCUUGUCUUCUCCGGACAAGCUUUUUUCCGGAUGCCCCAAACAAUCGGAAAGGGGAUUCAUCAGACAAAAUGACUUUACCCCAGUCCUCAGCAGUCCAAUCCCUGUACCUUUUGCAGAAUAUCAGUCUGUCCCUGAUGUUUUUCCUGGAGAGAAGUGGCUUCCUCGCUGCCCUUCUUGACACCAGGCCAUCCUCCAAGCAAGCUCUGCACUGGUGGUGCCCCGAUCCCGCAGCUGAAUCAACUUUAGGAGACGAUCCUGGCACUUGCUGGACUUUUUUGGGCGCCCUGAAGCAUUCUUCACAACAAUUGAACCUCUCUCCUUGAAGUUCUUGAUGAUCCGAUAAAUGGUUGAUUUAGGUGCAAUCUUACUAGCAGCAAUAUCCUUGCCUGUGAAGCACUUUUUGUGCAAAGCAAUGAUGACGGCACGUGUUUCCUUGCAAGUAACCAUGGUUAACAGAGGAAGAACAAUGAUUUCAAGCACCACCCUUAUUUUAAAGCUUCCAGUCUGUUAUUCUAACUCAAUCAGCCUGUCAGAGUGAUCUCCAGCCUUGUCCUCGUCAACACUCUCACCUUUGUUAACGAGAGAAUUACUGACAUGAUGUCAGCUGGUCCUUUUGUGGCAGGGCUGAAAUGCAGUGGAAAUGUUUUUUGGGGAUUAAGUUCAUUUUCAUGGCAAAGAGGGACUUUGCAAUUAAUUGCAAUUAAUCUGAUCACUCUUCAUAACAUUCUGGAGUAUAUGCAAAUUGUCAUCAUAAAAACUGAGGCAGCAGACUUUGUGAAAAUUAAUAUUUGUGUCAUUCUCAAAACUUUUGACCACGACUGUAUACGAUAUUACAGAGAACAAGUUAAUAAUCUCACAUCUCAGAAAAUAUUUGUAAUGUUGUACUCCUUUUUCACGAAAUUCAUGCUAAUGUUGGGUUUUUGAGCUUGUGCACAAUUGACUCCCAUUCACUCCUUGAAGGAGAGCUUUCCUUGUCCCAGAAUCGCCCAGAAUGCACCACACGGCCCAUUGACGACGCAUUGGUCACUCUAUGGUGGAACAAGCUCCCCCACGACGCCGCCAGGACAGCGGAGUCACUGACCACCUUCCGGAGACACUUGAAACCCUACCUCUUUAAGGAAUACCUGGAAUAGUAUAAAGUAAUCCUUCUUCCCCCACCCCCCAUAAAAAAAUUAAAAUAAAAAGGUGGUUGUCCCACUGGCUAUCAUAACUUGAAUGCACCAAUUUGUAAGUCGCUCUGGAUAAGAGCGUCUGCUAAAUGAUGUAAAUGUAAAAUUCGUAUUCAGACCCCUUGACUUUUUCCACAUUUUGUUAUGUUACAGCCUUAUUCUAAAAUUGAUUAAAUAGUUUUUUCCCCCCCUUAUCAAUCUACACACAGUACCCCAUAAUGACAAAGCAAAAACAGGUUUUUAGAAACCUAAAAUGAAAUAUGACAUUUACAUAAGUAUUCAGACCCAUUACUCAGUUCUUUGUUGAAGGACCUUUGGCAGCAAUUACAGCCUCAAGUCUUCUUGGGUAUGACGCUACAAGCUAGGCACACCUGUAUUUGGGGAGUUUCUCCCAUUCUUCUCUGCAGAUCUUCUCAAGCUCUGUUAGGUUGGAUGGGGAGCGUCUCUGCACAGCUAUUUUCAGGUCUCUCCAGAGAUGUUUGAUCGGGUUCAAGUCCGGGCUCUGGCUGGGCCACUCAAGGACAUUCAGAGACUUGUCCCGAAGCCACUCCUGCGUUGUCUUGGCUGUGUGCUUAGGGUCGUUGUCCAGUUGGAAGGUCAACCUUCACCCUGUUCUGAGGUCCUGAGUGCUCUGGAGCAGGUUUUCAUCAAGGAUCUUUCUGUACUUUGCUCCGUUCAUCUUUCCCUCGAUCCUGACUAGUCUCCCAGUCCCUACCGCUGAAAAACAUCCCCACAGCAUGAUGCUGCCACCACCAUGCUUCACCGUAGGGAUGGUGCCAGGUUUCCUCCAGACGUGACGCUUGGCAUUCAGGUCAAAGAGUUCAAUCUUGGUUUCAUCAGACCAGAAGAUCUUGUUUCUCAUGGUCUGAGAGUCCUUUAGGUGCCUUUUGUAAAAACUCCAAGCGGGCUGUCAUGUGCCUUUUACUAAAGAGUGGCUUCCGUCUGGCCACUCUACCAUAAAAGGCCUGAUUGGUGGUGCUGCAGAGGUGGUUGUUCUUCUGGAAGGUUCUCCCAUCUCCACAGAGGAACUCUAGAGCUCUGUCAGAGUGACCAUUGGGUUCUUGGUCACUUCCCUGACCAAGGCCCUUCUCCCCCGAUUGCUCAGUUUGGCCGGGCGGCCAGCUCUAGGAUGAGUCUUGGUGGUUCAAAACUUCUUCCAUUUAAGAAUGAUGGAGGCCACUGGGGACCUUCAAUGCUGCAUAAAUGUUUUGGUACCCUUCACCAGAUCUGUGCCUCGAUACAAUCCUGUCUCUGAGGUCUAUGGACGACCUCAUGGCUUGGUUUUUGGUCUGACAUGCACUGUCAACUGUGGGACCUUAUUAAGACAGGUGUGUGCCUUUCCAAGUCGUGUCCAAGCAAUUGAAUUUACCACAGGUGGACUCCAAUCAAAAACGGGAUACACCUGAGAUACACCUGAGCUCAAUUUCGAUUCUCAUAGCAAAAGGUCUGAAUACUUAUGUGAAUAAGGUAUUUCUGUUUUUAAAAAAAAAUUAAAUUACCAAACAUUUCUAAAAACAUGUUUUCACUUUGUCAUUAUGGGGUAUUGUGUGUAGAUUGAUGAGGAUUUUUUUUUACUUAAUCCAUUUUAGAAUAAGGCUGUAACGUAACAAAAUGUGGAAAAAGGGAAGGGUCUGAAUACUUUCCGAAUGCACUCUACACAAUGGGCAUAAAUACAAUUCCAAUGGAGUUCCCCAUCUCCUCAGUAGUAUCUCUGGGCGCAUUCACAAAAUGGUUUAUUUGAGGAUUUCAUUGAUAAUUUGCUGUGUCUAAAUCCAAAGAGUCACUUGGUGUUUAGUCAAUUUAAAUUAAGGGCAAUUACAUUGUGAGCAAAAUAAGUAAUCAUAUCACUUUAGUAAAUUAUUUUUUAGCAUCUGUUGCCUCGAUUAAGAAAAUCCUAAAUAACCAACAAUGUCUUAUUGGUGUUACUACUCCAACAGGUGGCAUAAUGUUAUCAAAAUGGCAUAUUAGUUGAUUUAGAAUGGGAAGAUGUACCCAAAUAAAUUUAAAUAAAUACAAGUCUAGAAAAAGAAGUCAUUUUUUUCAAAAAUGCCAUGCCCAAAUGCCACCGCAAUUCAAGAACGACCCUUUUAUGAAUUUUCUUUUAAUUAAACCUUCACAAGCAAUUUGAUGGUUUGACAACAACCAGGUAUUUUUAGCUUUAAAAAAAUUGGUUAAAAGCAAGAUUUCCUCUCAGAAAGCAAAUACAGUGGUUUGGUAAGCCAAGAGUUUAUCCAUUCAGUACUGACAUGCAGUGAAAGACCAUAAAACAGCUGAUUAAGACGUCAAUGGGCUUUUUUUGGAGCAACUAUGUUUUAUUCGUUUUUAACAGUGUUGCAGCUUUUUUACAGCAGAAAACUGACUCGUAUUACAAGUGUUUAUUUAACUCCCCGUGCUGAUGAUCUGAAAGGUGAUGUGUAGGGGAGCGAGGGAGAGCAGACAAGAGGUUGGAGGAAAGAGAGGAGAACUCUCAGGGGGAAGCAGGGGAGACCUUCUCGCUCUCACAUAACUGGAACCUUGUUCAACUGGUUCAAUGCUAGCCUAUAGUGACUUGGUUUCAUUCAAUGCUAGCCUGUUUAGUGACUUGGUUUCAUUCAAUGCUAGCCUGUUUAGUGACUUGGUUUCAUUCAAUGCUAGCCUGUUUAGUGACUUGGUUUCAUUCAAUGCUAGCCUGUUUAGUGACUUGGUUUCAUUCAAUGCUAGCCUGUUUAGUGACUUGGUUUCAUUCAAUGCUAGCCUGUUUAGUGACUUGGUUUCAUUCAAUGCUAGCCUGUUUAGUGACUUGGUUUCAUUCAAUGCUAGCCUGUAUGGUGACUUGGUUUCAUUCAAUGCUAGCCUGUUUAGUGACUUGGUUUCAUUCAAUGCUAGCCUGUUUAGUGACUUGGUUUCAUUCUAGGCUAGCCUAUAGUGACUUGGUUUCAUUCAAUGCUAGCCUAUAGUGACUUGGUUUCAGUUUGUAGAACAUUCUGGUUGUUAAUAGCUGGCUUGUGCACGGUGGCUGGCAGAGGCCCUCAUUCAGACGUGUCUAGUGACAGUGGUCCUGUCUGGUACAACCUAGCCAUUAGCCAAUCAUAGCCACCACUACCCUCCAAAGACUGCCUCAGAAUACCCAGGAUGUUAGAAAGUGAACAGUUGGCUCCACGAACAGCCAUACAAGUUAUUUUAACACAGCACUUGUUUGACUUAAACACAUAGAUAAAAGUUAAGAUUUUUUAUUUUCUGAAUGGAGACAGUGUGUUCAAAACAUUAGGAACACCUGCUCUUUCCAUGACAUAGACUGACCAGGUGAAAGCUAUGAUCACUUCUUGAUGUCAUUUGUUAAUAAAUCCACUUAAAUCAGUGUAGAUGAAGGGGAGGACAGGUCAAAGAAGGAUUUUGAAGCCUUGAUACAAUUGAGACAUUGAUUGUGUAUGUGUGCCAUUCCGAGGGUGAAUGGGCAAGACAAAAUAUUUAAUUGCCUUUGAACAGGGUAUGAUAGUAGGUGCCAGGCGCAGCUGUUUGUGUCAAUAACUGCAACGCUGCUGGGUUUUUCACAAUUUCCUGUGUGUAUCAAGAAUGGUCCACCACCCAAAGGACAUCCAGCCAACUUGACAUAACUUGGAGUCAACAUGGGCCAGCAUCUGUGUGGAACGCUUUCGACACCUUGUAGAGUCCAUGCCCUGACUAAUUGAGUCUGUUCUGAGAUCAAAAGGGGCGGGAUGCAACUCAAUAUUAGGAAGGUGUUCUUAAUGUUUUUUAUAAUCAGUGUAUGUCUGAUAAGCGGUUUAACAGUAUCACAGCUCAUAAUAGUAACCCUGGUACCACUUACAAGUUCUAGGAAGACCUUGACCCCUGACCUCAGUGGAAACAUCAGUAAAGAGGCAUACUGUACUUAGGGGUCAAAAGUUCAGGCCAUCCAAAACCGCCUCUGAAAGUAAUACAAUUUUACUAAUGCACCUUGAGUUUCGUUUCGGUCUUCUCUUUCUUUGUAGUUUUAUCAGAUGGUGAAAUUAUGAUUUAACGCAAACCUCAGAGAACCUUUCAAAGUUCUAUCUGUUUGUUUUGGUUAAGUCACCUUACAGGUCCUUUGGUUGGCCUCAGCGAUGACACCAUGGCAGGGUCCGUCUUUUCCUCUGGGGAUCUCAGCUGUUAUUGUUUCUUCCUAUUCUGUUUUAUUAGAAGGAGAGCUGUAGCACAGGGCUGAAUUACAACUGUGAAAAACAAACAAGGAAGAAUCCCUGGUGAAUCAGAUCUCAAGAAAUUCUUGAAAACGUGUAAUCUAUCACGACUCAGGAUAUGACCCAGAUGCAGACACAAGAGGUGGAUGGUUCGGUUCUCAGAAUAUUUAUUAUCACAAAGGGUCAGGCAAAAGGGCAGGUUGAGGGCAAGCAGAGGUUCGUAAUCCAAGGCAGAGUCAACAAGGAACAUAAUUGUAGGCGGGCUCAGGGGCAGGCAGAAAGGUCGGAACCGUGAAGACUAGAAAACAAAACUAGAGAGAAGGUAACACAUGGAAAACACCCUGGGACGACUUGACGAGACAAGACGAACUGGCAACAGACAAACAGAAAACGCAGGUAUAAAUACACAGGGGAUAAUGGGGAAAAAUGGGAGACAGGUGAAACAGAUCAGGGUGUUACAGUACCCCCCACCCCUCCCUCUAGGGGCGCCACCUGGCAUCCUACACGGGCACAUACCUGGUUGACCGGGGUGUCGGCAGCAGAACUAGCGGGGACCCAGCACCUCUCCUCCGGGCCAUAACCCUCCCAGUCAACCAGGUACUGGAAUGCCCUGCCCCGAGGUCGAACGUUCAGGAGGCGCCUCCCCGUGUUCGCCAGAUGGCCGUCGAUGAGAUGGGAGGGAGGGGUGGGCCUGGAAACAGGAGACAAAGGGCUGUGAGACAAAGGUUUAAUCCUAGACACAUGGAAAGUGGGAUGUAUACGGAGGGUACGGGGCAACAGAAGACAAACUGCAGAGGGGCUCAGGACUUUAGAGAUGGACCAAUAAAACGGGGGGAAUGUUUUCAAGACUCAACCCAGAGGGGCAGAUCACGGGUGGACAGCCAUACCCUCUGCCUGGUGCCGAUAACGGGGAGCCGGGGUCCGGUUGCGAUCCGCCUGUAAGGAUAGUGGUGUUGCCAUCUGACGGAGGGAGACCAGUGACAAAGUCCAGGGAGAUAUGGGACCAGGGGAGAUGAGGAACAGGGAGUGGUUGAAGGAUUUAGCCAGCUGGAGCUUGCCAUGGAGUUUUGUUCUGUGCGCACACAGUGCAGGCGGCGACAAAUGCUGAGACGUCCAGAACCAUGGUGGGCCACCAAAAACGUUGGCUGAUGAAAGCCAGGGUCCGACGGGAGCCGGGAUGACAGGUGAGUUUAGAGGAAUGGGCCCAUUCCAGGACUGGGUACCGGGCCGAAUCUGGUACGAACAUCCGGUUAGCCGGCCCGCAGAAGGACGUCCCAGGGCAGGCUGCGCCGCCUUAAGGCAAUGUGCGUGGCAGAACGGGCUCCAACCCAGGAUGGAACCAGUAUCCCAGUCGAUCAGGGGGUUGUGCCUCUGAAGCCAUGAAAAUCCCAAAACCACAGGUGAUUGCCCAACACUCGCAGGUUCAUGGGAACCGUACUGUGAGUGACCCUCCCAAUGGAGUGUCCGUCCAAAGCUCUGGUGUCCAUGGGAAUGGAGAGGAGUUGAGUAGAGAUACCCAGCUCAGAUACCAGGGUAGCGUCCAUGAAGCUCUCGUCAGCCCAAGAGUCAAUGAGCACCCGGAGAGAGUUUGACCGGUCACACCACAGCAGGAUAGCGUGGAGAGGAGUGUGAGUAAUGGGAGUUUGGAGACUCCCUGUAUGGCCCAUCAGCGUACCCUUACCUACCGAUGAGUCUGGUCUUUUGCUGGACAGGUGGAUAUGUAAUGUCCUGAAGUCCCACAAUACAGGCAACUGUUGGAGCUCAGCCUGCGUAAACGUUCACUAGGAGACAAUCUAGCCGUGCCCAGUUGCAUUGGCUCAGGAGGAGAUGAGUCGCCAGUCCCCAGUGAUCCCUGAGGGGGCUCGGGUGAUUUCGGAUUCUCUCAGGAAUGCAGGCAUCGAGGACUUCCAGGGUUCUUCGGAGGCGAGGGAGAAACCGUGGACGAGAGUGUGUGACUGAGAACAGACCUCUCCCUCCUGCGUUCCUGUAGGCGCCCAUCGAUCCUUAUAGUCAAGGCUAUGAGGCAGUCGAGGUCCCUGGGUAACUCCCGGGCUGUGAGUUGGUCUUUGAUUUCCUCCAAUAAUCCAUGAAGGAAGGUGUCGAACAGGGACUCCGGGUUCCAGGCACUCUCGGCGGCCAGCAUACGAAAGUCUACCACGUAGUCUGCCACACUGCAAGCAGAGGUUCGCAAUCCAAGGCAGAGUCAACAAGGAACAGAAUGGCGGGCAGGCAGAAAGGUUGGAACCGGGAAGACUAGAAAACCAAACUAGAGAGAAGGUAACACACGGAAAACACGCUGGGAUGACUUGACGAGACAAGACGAACUGGCAACAGACAAACAGAAAACGCAGGUAUAAAUACACAGGGGAUAAUGGGGAAAAAUGGGAGACACUUGGUGGGGGGUGGAGACAAGCACAAGACAGGUGAAACAGAUCAGGGUGAAACACAUCAUUGAAAUAUUUCCUUUUCUCCUAGUCAGCCAGUUGUACAAAGAGCUAUCACUCAACAGGGCCAGUCGAAGCGAGUUCUGCCACGACUACAGUCUCUCGAGAAGCUAACAUUCUCUCCAUCUCACUACAUCCCUCUCUCUCGCUCUGUCUCUCUCUCUCUCAGUAGAGCUGUGUCUCUCAAGAAUUGUAAAUAGCAGAAAGCAGCCUUGGACUGGUUAAUCCACUUCUGGGUACUGGCAGAACUGUAGAAUUAAGGGUUUCAGGUCAGGAUUCUAGAACCUUGGUUAGCGAAAGGGGCAGGUCACAAAAACAUAGCACUGACGGCAAUAUGAUAGUUAUGGAUUAGUGACGGAUCUGUAGCGUAUUGUUCUAAUAAGAGAGGUACUAAACUCAGCUGACCCUUUGCAGACAUGAACACAAACCAGAUGGAGUUAGAAUUAUCAGGCACAUUAAGUAUUUCCAAAGGUUGAGAAAAGCACCAACAAUAUGCUAAGAGCCAUUCAGACAUCACAUCACAGUUAUUACAGGCUUUGUGAGUACAAAAAUGUUUUACUCAUAAUUCUACUGCUUACAUUUACAUUUUAGUCAUUUAGCAGAUGCUCUUAUCCAGAGUGAGUGCAUACAUACAUUUUUUUUUUUAGGUGACUUUCCUUCUUACAAUGUGGAGUUCUUGGAGACGUAGUGGAAAGCACUACAGAUGUAGGAUCUUAAUUUGAUUACCCUGUUGCAGGAGAACUUUCCUGCAACACAGGACAUGUAAAACUUGUAUUCUAUUUGAGGUUUAAAAAGGCUUCUGAAGUUUUGUAAUUUCCACUUUGAAAUUUAGAAAAAUGUAUUAAACCCUACAAAAAUAGCCAUUAAUUAUCAUCCACAUAAUAAUUCACAUUUCCUGUUGCUGCAGGAUUAUUUUCCUUCUGUAGCAAACUGGCUCAAAUUAAGAUCCUACAUCUGUAGAUACAAACCAAUAAUAUUACAGUAUCAGUGUUGACAUUUCGCAUGCCCUGCCUGUGUUCUCUCCAUUAAUGCAACAAGGCCCCCUGCCCUGACCAGUAAUAUCCUGCGUUACAUUUGGCCUAGAGGCAGUUUAGUAACCUAGGGGGGUAGCGGACUAGGUGUAAUACGGUCAUCUUUAUUUAGUCUGGCAGUGUUGAUACCCCCAUCUCAUAAAUAUCUCUGGGCCUGGCAUACUGUAAUUGAAUGAUGUUGUCGAGAUUGAUGGACGAUGUGAAGAAAAAAACGUGGGAUCAGUUUCAUUAAAGCCAGCUCAGGCGAACCGUGCCGCUCUGGGAGGAGGAGCAGAGAUUAGCUGCUCGGCAGAGGAAUGGCAGAGAUGUAUACCGUGGCGUUGAAAAACUAAGAUGCAUUCGCUUUGAAUUAAAAAUAGUAGACAAACAAAUGGUGGAAGUGUAUCUGAUGUAGAUUAUAAAGAAAUGACUAAACAUUUAUCUCAACACCUUGGGGUGUUUCACGUGUGGCAGAUUGGGUCAGUGAGUUUGUGGGAGGUUGUUAUGUUACACCAGGCAGAGCUAGCUAUGUGGAAAGUAUUAUUCAUGGCGUGCACUGUUUUUACUGAUGGCCGUUUCUAAAAGUAACAGCACACAGAGGCACAGUGACUACAUACAUGAUUAAAUAUAGGUAUCAGUAUGCCAUUAAUAAUAACAAUUUUCUCCACUGUAAUGUGAAGCAGCAUGACUAACUCAGUCUCCUCCAUUGUGAUUCCAGGCUGAACCCAAAGAGCCGCACCAGUAUCCCAACGAGGUAUGGAUGUGUUCUUCACACCCUUUCGUCACUAACCAAUGACACAAAUCUAUCACAAAUUACAAGAUAAUUCAGUCAUGAUGUGUCUGUGCCGUUACAAUAACAAAUCACCUAGCAUCAGUAUUGCAAGUUCUUACCAGUUCCAACUCCCCCAAUACAUACUGAGCUACAGUGGGGGGAAAAAAGUAUUUAGCCACUUAAAAAGAUGAGAGGGGCCUGUAAUUUUCAUCAUAGGUACACGUCAACUAUGACAGACAAAAUGAGAAAAAUCUUUUUCCAGAAAACCACAUUGUAGGAUUUUUUAUGAAUUUAUUUGCAAAUUUUGGUGGAAAAUAAGUAUUUGGUCACCUACAAACAAGCAAGAUUUCUGGCUCUCACAGACCUGUAACUUCUUUAAGAGGCUCCUCUGUCCUCCACUCGUUACCUGUAUUAAUGGCACCUGUUUGAACUUGUUAUCAGUAUAAAAGACACCUGUCCACAACCUCAAACAGUCACACUCCAAACUCCACUAUGGCCAAGACCAAAGAGCUGUCAAAGGACACCAGAAACAAAAUUGUAGACCUGCACCAGGCUGGGAAGACUGAAUCUGCAAUAGGUAAGCAGCUUGGUUUGAAGAAAUCAACUGUGGGAGCAAUUAUUAGGAAAUGGAAGCCAUACAAGACCACUGAUAAUCUCCCUCGAUCUGGGGCUCCACGCAAGAUCUCACCCGUGGGGUCAAAAUGAUCACAAGAACGGUGAGCAAAAAUCCCAGAACCACACGGGGGGACCUAGUGAAUGACCUGCAGAGAGCUGUGACCAAAGUAACAAAGCCUACCAUCAAUAACACACUACGCCGCCAGGGACUCAAAUCCUGCAGUGGCAGACGUGUCCCCCUGCUUAAGCCAGUACAUGUCCAGGCCCGUCUGAAGUUUGCUAGAGUGCAUUUGGAUGAUCCAGAAGAGGAUUGGGAGAAUGUCAUAUGGUCAGAUGAAACCAAAAUAGAACUUUUUGGUAAAAACUCAACUCGUCGUGUUUGGAGGACAAAGAAUGCUGAGUUGCCUCCAAAGAACACCAUACCUACUGUGAAGCAUGGGGGUGGAAACAUCAUGCUUUUGGGCAGUUUUUCUGCAAAGGGACCAGGACGACUGAUCCGUGUAAAGGAAAGAAUGAAUGGGGCCAUGUAUCGUGAGAUUUUGAGUGAAAACCUCCUUCCAUCAGCAAGGGCAUUGAAGAUGAAACGUGGCUGGGUCUUUCAGCAUGACAAUGAUCCCAAACACACCGCUCGGGCAACGAAGGAGUGGCUUCGGAAGAAGCAUUUCAAGGUCCUUGAGUGGCCUAGCCAGUCUCCAGAUCUCAACCCCAUAGAACAUCUUUGGAGGGAGUUGAAAGUCCGUGUUGCCCAGCGACAGCCCCAAAACAUCACUGCUCUAGAGGAGAUCUGCAUUGAGGAAUGGGCCAAAAUACCAGCAACAGUGUGUGAAAACCUUGUGAAGACUUACAGAAAACGUUUGACCUGUGUCAUUGCCAACAAAGGGUAUAUAACAAAGUAUUGAGAAACUUUUGUUAUUGACCAAAUACUUAUUUUCCACCAUAAUUUGCAAAUAAAUUCAAUAAAAAUCCUACAAUGUGAUUUUCUGGAUUUUUUUCCCUCAUUUUGUCUGUCAUAGUUGACGUGUACCUAUGAUGAAAAUUACAGGCGUCUCUCAUCUUAAGUGGGAGAACUUGCAGAAUUGGUGGCUGACUAAAUACUUUUUUCCCCCACUGUAUAAAUAAAAUGCACCCUGAUCUUUGCUCACAAUCAGAUAUAUUGUAUUGCAGAUGUCAUCAAACCACGACAACUCUAGUCUAAUGGGAAUUGCCAUAGUUUAUUUGCGUAUAAAGCCAACAAAAAACAACAAAGAACAACCAAGUUCCAGCUGAUGCUUAGCUUAGUUCCAGCUGAUGCUUAGUUCCAGCUGAUGCCUGUAUGCAGCCUGUACAGUUUGCCUCACGUCCCUGCACUCACUGAGCCACUGUCCACUAGAUACUGGAUAUAGUAUAGCCACUCCAUGUAGUCGCUGACAGUCUAGUCACCGUGGAUGUUGUGUAUGUGUCUCUCAGCCCAGCCUCACCCAGCCCCACCUCACCGCGCUCCCCCUCCUGGCCGAUGUUCUCUGCACCAUCCAGCCCCCAGCCAGCCUCCUCCACCUCCAGUGACUCCUCCCCCAUCAGGUCUGUCACCACGGCCGCCCAACACGCCAGCUUCGCUUGCACCACCUACUCACAAUGCCAAUUCUGGAGCUUUGCGCCGCCUCACUGCUGCACCCUCUGCCCCUCCCCCACCACCAUGCAUGAUUACUGACAGACACUUCCUGAUCACCCUGAGAGGCUUAACCUGUUCACACUAUCGUGCCAAUUUGAAUUGCACUGUGCUAGCUCAGAUUCAUGUAUUCCUUCCCAACAAGAAUCCAGCAACUACGGCAGAUGUGUAACCAGGCCAGCGCAGUACAGCUCAGCUCAGUGGUGUGAAAAGGGUAUAAGUAAGGUGGAUCACAGGCUCAUCUUUGGUUGAUUCAGGAUACAGCCAGUCUAUCAGACUUCCAAAGAUUGUUAUGCAUGUAGCCAGGUAAUUCAGAUAAACUCCAGAUUAGAAAUACCUUGAGUCAGGUCUAGACAGGUUCAGAAUAACCAUGGGCCUUUUUUGGGGAGCUGUGUAAAUAUAAUAUAAUAUAAUAUAAUAUAUAAUAAUAAAUAUGUCGGAAAAUCAGUGUACUGAUUGUAACACCUGCUGCCAGAUUUAUAACAUAUUCGUUGCUGCAUUUUGCUUUACAACGACACAUUUCCUUGUCCAACUAUAUAAAUGUAUUUAUACAGCUGAUGAUUAUAAGGGAAAAGUGAAUUAUAGGCACACAGAGACUUUCCAUAUGGGAGCAAUGAUGAUGUUAUGAGGUACUCUGGGACAGUUGGAGCUUCACCUGUCGUUGCUCCCAAGAGACAGUUAGGAGUGGUGGGACACUCAAAGUGCUCAAUGUGAUAUCCUGGUGAGUUGGAUUAUGACAUGUUAUUUUCCCUCCCCCUCUGUAGCGUCCCAGGCAGGAAGGCUAGGGCCCUCUACGCCUGCAAGGCCGAGCACCACUCUGAGCUCUCAUUCAUCGCAGGGACCACCUUUGAAAAUGGUGAGUACGGACCACUGUGACUCUUAAAUAACCGUGUCACAAUCCCAAAAUAUUUCUAAAAACCUGUCUUCGCUUUGUCAUUAUGGGGUAUUGUGUGUAGAUUGAUGAGGGGGAAAAAAACUUUUAAUCCAUUUUAGAAUAAGGCUGUAACGUAACAAAAUGUGGAAAAAGUCAAGGGGUCUGAAUACUUUCCGAAGGCACUGUAAGGUUUUAGAACAAUAAUAGGUCUACCAUCCCACAUGUUUCACCCCUAGACCCUAGACCCUACACCCUAGACCAGGGUUCUUCAAAUCCGGUCCUGGAGGGCCGAAACACCUCUGUUUUUCAUCCUCUCCUUCUAUUAAGGGGCUAAUUCAGACCUGGGACACCAGGUGAGUGCAAUUAACUACCGGGUAGAAAUAAAAAACAGAAGUGUUUCGGCCCUCCAGGACCGGAAUUGAAGAACCCUGCCCUACACCCUAUGCCCUUGUGGAGAUCUGAGAGGAUUUGGUUGGUAGAAGCAAUAUGGUGAAACUUCCACCCAGCCUAUCAGAGGGCAAGGUGGAGCUAUUACCAGAUUGGUUGCACCUGUCAAAUCCUUUCAGAUCUCCACAAGGGCAUAGGGUCUAGGGCAUAGGGUCUAGGGUCUAGGGCAUAGGGUCUAGGGUGUAGGGUCUAGGGGUGAAACAUGUGGGAUGGUAGACCUAUUAUUAUUCUAAAACCUUACAGUGCCUUCGGAAAGUAUUCAGACCCCUUGACUUUUUCCACAUUUUGUUACGUUACAGCCUUAUUCUAAAAUGGAUUACAUUGUUUUUUCCCCCUCAUCAAUCUACACACAAUACCCCAUAAUGACAAAGCAAAGACAGGUUUUUAGAAAUGUUAGCAAAUUUAUUUGAAAUAAAACACUGAAAUAUCACAUUUACAUACUGUAAGUAUUCAGACCCUUUACUCACUACUUUGUUGAAACACCUUUGGCAGCGAUUACAGCCUAGAGUCUUCUUGGAUAUGACGCUACAAGCUUGGCACACCUGUGUUUGGGGAGUUUCUCCCAUUCUCCUCUGCAGAUCUUCUCAAGCUCUGUCAGGUUGGAUGGGGAGCGUCGCGGCACAGCUAUUUUCAGGUCUCUCCAGAGAUGUGGGCUCUGGCUGGGCCACUCAAGGACAUUCAGAGACUUAUCACGAAGCCACUCCUGCUUUGUCUUGGCUGUGUGCUUAGGGUUGUUGUCCUGUUGGAAGGUGAACCUUCGCCCCAGUCUGAGGUCCUGAGCGCUCUGGAGCAGGUUUUCAUCAAGGAUCUCUCUGUACUUUGCUCCGUUCAUCUUUCCCUCGAUCCUGACUAGUCUCCCAGUCCCUGCCGCUGAAAAACAUCCCCACAGCAUGAUGCUGCCACCACCAUGCUUCCCCGUAGGGAUGGUGCCAGGUUUCCUCCAGAUGUGACGCUUGGCAUUCAGGUCAAAGAGUUCAAUCUUGGUUUCAUCAGACCAGAGAAUCUUGUUUCUUAUGGUCUGAUAGCCCUUUAGGUGCCUUUUGGCAAACUCCGAGCAGGCUGUCAUGUGCCUUUUACUGAGGGGUGGCUUCCGUCUGGUCACUCUACCAUAAAGGCCUAAUUGGUGGAGUACUGCAGAGAUGGUUGUCCUUCUGGAAGGUUCUCCCAUCUCCACAGAGGAACUCUGGAGCUCUGUCAGAGUGACCAUCAGGUUCUUGGUCACCUCCCUUCUCUCCCGACUGCUCAGUUUGGCUGGGCGGCCAGCUCUAAGAAGAGUCUUGGUGGUUCCAAACUUCUUCCAUUUAAAAAUGAUAUAGGUCACUGUGUUCUUGUGGACCUUCAACGCUGCAGACAUUUUUUGGUACCCUUCCCCAGAUCUGUGCCUCGACACAAUCCUGUCUCGGAGCUCUACGGACAAUUCCUUCGACCUCAUGGCUUGGUUUUUGCUCUGACAUGCACUGUCAACUGUGGGACCUUAUAUAGACAGGUGUGUGCCUUUCCAAAUCAUGUACAAUGAAAUGAAUUUACAACAGGUGGACUCCAAUCAAGUUGUAGAAACAUCUCAAUGAUGAUCAAUGGAAACAUGAUGCACCUGAGCUCAAUUUCGAGCCUCAUAGCAAAGGGUCUGAAUACUUAUGUAAAUAAGGUAGUUCUAUAUAUAUAUAUAUUUAAUAUACAUUUGCAAACAUUUAUAAAAACCUGUUUUCACUUUGUCAUUAUGGGGUAUUGUGUGUAGAUUGAUGAGGAUUUGUAUUUAUUUAAUCCAUUUUAGAAUAAGGCUGUAAAAUGUGGAAAAAGUCAAGGGGUCUGAAUAUUUUCCGAAUGCACUGUAUAUUGGUCACAUGAGAAAUUAGCCAGGGGUUUUCUCUGACCUGUAAACGCUGCAUAUGUCGGCUCUAUCGGAAAUUACCUUUGUAUUUCUAUCGCAGAAUCUGUAACGCUUCAGCUUUACAGAUUGAAUAGAGCCGUUAGAGUUUGAUUAGCUGAGAAGGAGAUUUGGCUCUCAAGAAUAAGGGUGACAUUUACUGUAGACAGAGCAGCCAAUUGAGCGAGGUGGCUUAUAGAUUAAAACUGUUAUGAAGAUUUUCUAAAAUACACUGUCUGAAUGUCCAAGCCCAGUGUAGCCUGUCUUCACACAUCUCUUAGUACCAGAAGGAUUAUAGUGCAUGUCUGGUUAGGUCCAGGGUCUGAUGCUCUGGGAACAGCAGUUUAGCAGCGUGGGAAUCAGCCACACAACCACCCAGGUUGCUGAGGGGCAGGAAGAAAGAAGAAAAAUACUUGUAUGAGGCCCUGGUCAAAAGUAGUGCACUAUACAGUACCAGUCGAAAGUUUGGACACACCUCCUCAUUCCAGGGUUUUUCUUUGUUUUUACUAUUUUCUACAUUGUAGAAUAAUAGUGAAGAGAUCAAAACUAUGAAAUAACACUCAUGGAAUCAUGUAGUAAUGAAAAAAGGUGUUCAACAAAUCAAAAUACAUUUUAUAUUUGAGAUUCUUCAAAGUAGCCACCCUUUGCCUUGAUGACAGCUUUGCACACUCUUGGCAUUCUCGCAACCAGCUUCAUGAGGUAGUCACCUGGAAUGCAUUUAAAUUAACAGGUGUGCCUUGUUAAAAGUUAAUUUGUGGAAUUUCUUCCCUUCUUAAUGCGUUUGAGCCAAUCAGUUGUGUUAUGGGGGGUAUACAGAAGAUAGCCCUACUUGGUAAAAGACCAAGUCCAUAUUAUGUCAAGAACAGCUCAAAUAAGCUUCUUUCCUAAGCUUUCCUAGCUGCAGUUCCUAGCUACCAAAACAAUACUAGGGGCGCUAUUAAAUCUGUAAAGCGUUACAGAUUACCUUUACAUUUCUAUCGCGCAAUUUCUGAUUGAGGUGACAUAUGCAGCGUUUACUGUGAAAUGUUAUUGCCUUAAAAUUUCAAUUAAGCCGUGACGCUGAACUUCCGCGAUACCCAUUGAAUAGUCAGUAAGGUCAGUCAAGACCAUAUCAAGAGAGUUUUCACACUCACUUAUGUGCAGAAGUUAUCUUCUCAACUCUCUGAGUAACCUGUCAUUUAUCAGUGCCUAUAUUUUGUUUAUAGUUCAAAAUGUUUUAGAAACAAUAUAGAAAGCACAGACCUAUGGACUGAUACAUUUACAAUAAUUAAUGUCAUUGCAAUCUUAUGUAAAUUGUAUCUACAGCCAGCCCGUAAUGGUGCUUCAGGUUUUCACACAUCAUACUAGCUUGGGUUAUUUCAGGCAGAGGGUGGCUUGGGGUAUCAGUGCUGCUAGGGGUCACGGUUGCACACUGGGGUCUUGUUCAUCUUAUACCUCCUUCUCAAGGAGGUACGCAGCGGUGUGUGUCACCCCCCUCUCCGAUUGUACCCAUAGCCACCAGAGUGCAACUGUCCCAGCUGUCAGUAGCCACUCACCAUAUGGGUCUCUGCUUUCAAAUAGGGACUCUGUUCCGUUGGACAACAUGAGAGGCAGUUAACGGUUGAGAACAGCUCAGCUAUGUGCAUCUGUCUCUCAUCCCUCAGUUCAUCCCUCCAGGGAGCCUGGCUGGCUGGAAGGCACCCUGGACGGCAGGAUGGGCCUGAUCCCGGAGAACUAUGUGGAAUUUGUUUAG